AUGAAUCCAGGUCCUGUUUGGGAUCCAACGAGAGUUGGGUUUGAGUAUGGAGGCCUCAUGCAAGAGUUUCCCAGCAAUGUGUCUGCCAGAUUCCAACACUUCCUUGCCUGCCUGGAUGCCAGAUUUAUCUCCAUUCCAUCAUUUAUGGGAGCAGCUGGGACACCAGCUAUGGCAACCUAUGGGGGUGCAGGAUCUACAAGCCCAGCUGAAACAUCUAUGGGCAAAUGUGCUGCAGGAUACCAUACAGAAGAUGUAUGUAACUCUAUUUCAUCUUGUAUCCGGACUAGAGGGCGCCAACAGGGCCAUUUUGCUAAACGAAAAAGGACUGCUCUGUGGUUUACCGUCUCCCUGCUUGUGGUGUCUCUUUUUAUACUGACUAUUGGCCUGACAGCAACCACAAGAACAGAAAAUAUAACAGUUGGAGGUUAUUAUCCAGGUAUAAUUCUUGGCUUUGGAUCCUUCUUAGGCGUAAUUGGAAUUCAUCUUGUUGAAAACAGAAAACAAAUGCUCGUAGCCUCCAUUGUAUUCAUCAGUUUUGGAGUAGUAGCAGCAUUUUGUUGUGCUAUAGUUGAUGGGGUUUUUGCAGCUCGACAUAUUGAACCAAGGCCUUUAUAUACAGGGAGGUGUAAGUUCUAUUCAAGUGGAUCAGGCCUUGCUUAUGACACUCAACAGACAGAAGUGACCUGCUCUAGUGGAAGUAACCGGUGUCAGCUAAGAAUUCGGACUCACACUUGCUAUUGCUGUGACCUCUAUGACUGUGAGAAUUCAGAUGAGGCCACCAGUUAUUAUGAAUUUGUAGGUGUGAACAGCUGCCAAGACGUUGUUCAUUUAUACCGGUUUCUGUGGACAUGCACCAUCCUUAAUAUUGUGGGACUGUUCCUUGGCAUAGUCACUGCUGCGGUUAUUGGAGCAUUUAAAGAUAUGGCACCAGUUCCGCAACAAAACUUUAACUCUCCUCCACCACAGAUUCUGUACAACCCAGCUCAGCAGAUACUAACCUACACUGGGUUUUGCUCUUCUACAUCCUCUCUUCCUUCCUAUGCAUCAUACCCACUACCCCAGCAGCCAUCAGGAUCCUAUCCAGCAACUUCCUCUGCAGAUAUUUCCUUAUCAGAUGAUAUCCAAAAUCCAUCCCACUCCAACUCGAUGAACGGACUUUCAUCUAAUCCCCAUUCACAGUAUGCAUCCACUAUCAUGUUACCAGGGGAGAAACCUCCACCCUAUGCUCCUUGAUGCACAUGGACCAUCAGCACAUUCACUGGCAGGAAAACAAGACUUAAAAGGGCUUUCUGCAAAACUAAUGAAACCAGUGACAUUCCUUCCAACUAAAUAUUUACCUUCCCAACUUGAAAAAGCAUUCACACCAGUUGUGAGAUUAGUGACUGAAUAGUCUAGACGAGACAGAGCUUUGCAUCAGUAUAUUUUACUAUGUGUUACUUGUUGAAGUGCGUCUUUUUAACUGUAGACAUUAACUGUUCCUGCA